AUGCCCCACGCUCCACGCCAGGGAAACCGCAGGAGGUCGCCAGGCCCAAGAGCCAAGGCGCAACGCCCUAAACAGGCUCCUCCCGCGAACAAACAGCACGCCAAUCGCAAGCCCGAAGUCGAGAAAGCCGAACCCGACCCAUCUGAGCUGGAAGAGGCUGGUCCCAAGCUCGUCAGCACGAUUCCUCUCUCGCUCCAGCAACUCCUUCUGGAUGUAUUCAAAACGGCCCUCCUAGGCGAGCCAGCCAAAGAACCGGAAUCUGCAAACCAGGAUACAAAUGCGGAAUCACAAUCAGACGAUAAGAAAGAUGAGCCACUAGAUAUCAAGUCUCUUAUCCAGACCCUCAAGGGACUUCUAUACCAGCGCGAUUUCGAUUCUGCAUUCGCCGAGGCGAACGAGGAUCUCUUGCGCGCCUAUGCCUUGCGCUGGAGCGCGUCUCGGUCGUUGGGAUACGCGGGCUUGUUGAAGGGAAUCUUGUCCUGGAUGAAGGAAGAGGAAGAAAACACGCGAGGCCGUGCUAGAACCACGAACCCUUGCACCCGCGUUGUGUCCAUCGGUGGCGGCGCCGGUGCAGAGAUUGCUGCUCUUGCCGCCGCGUGGAGAGAUAUCGGUCCUGAUGCCCAGUCGCUAGAGGAGCGUAUUGCCGAUGUGUCUCUGGAAGACACAGAAAAGAAAGAGGAGAAGAGCACAGAGGGCGAAAGCCAACGUGCCACUGCACCUAGUCUUUCUGUCAUGGCUGUCGAUAUCGGCAACUGGCAGAGCAUUGUUGACAGGCUUUCACGAACUAUCACCUCGUCCAAUGUGCCGUUCCCCUCCACGACAAGACAUCGUCCUCCUUUGCUCUCGGAGAAGGUUGCCAGUGAAACAUUCUCGGUGGCAUUCCGCCGUGCGGAUGUCUUGACUCUUCCUGAGGAAGAUCUGAAGGAGGUUCUUCUCGGCCCCUCGUCAGCAUCUCCUUUCACUUCCAUUCUUGUUCCUAUCAUGUUCACUUUGAAUGAGCUUUUCUCUACCUCGAUGCCCAAGACUACUGGCUUCCUGCUCCGCAUGACGGAAAUUCUUCCAGUUGGUGCCGUGCUGCUGGUUGUUGAUAGUCCCGGCAGCUAUUCGACUUUGAAGUUAGGAAAAGGACCAGAUGGUGAACCGCAAGAAAGGAAUUACCCAAUGAAGUUCUUGCUUGAUCACACGAUGCUGUCCGUGGCGAAGGGCAAGUGGGAGUGCGUAAACACGCAGGAUUCGAGGUGGUGGAGACGUGACGCACCGCGUCUGCGAUAUGAAGUCGGCGAAGGAGCAGGCUUGGAGGACAUGCGGUUCCAGAUGCACGUCUACCGGCGGGUGUAG